AUGGUCUUUUAUGGCCGUAAGAGAUAUGUCGACCUCUUGGAUUGUUACCUUCAGCAGAAUCUGGCAUCGAAUGGCGGCUACUUUGACGAGGUGUGGUUUAUGGCCCACACCAAGGAAAAAGACGACGUUACCUGGAUAGAAGAUCUUGUCAAGAAGACUCCCGGUUAUAAGAUUGUGGGCAAGGGAAAAUGCGAAGGUGAAAAGUAUAAGUGCAUGUGGAAUUAUGCCGUUGAGGACAAGACUAUUUAUGUCAAAAUAGAUGACGAUAUUGUUUAUAUCCACCCCGACGCCAUCCCUCAACUCGUCCAUACACGCAUUGCCCUACCUCACCCGUAUGCCAUCUCGUCGAACCUAGUUAACAGUCCCGUCACGGGAAUGGAACAAUACCACUACGGUGCGAUCCAUCCCUUCCUCCCGGAUCCGAGCAGCAAGCCUUCGUUUCACGCUGCGGAGACGUGGCGCGCUUCCGAGAAGAAGAAAUACCCUAAGGACCAACUGGUGGACGAAUAUAAAAUCAUGGACAUGGAACCGUCGUACCGCGGCCAUCCUUGGCUCCUUAUAUCCGACGACCACUAUGACCUACUGAAGACACCUAUGGGCAAAUACGACCAGAACCGCGGUUCCGACCCAAUUGCAUUCGGUUUGGCGUGGAAGUCGUGGGGUAUCGGGGCGCAGCAGCAAUAUUCUCUCUUGUACAAUCUUGAGCAGAAUAAGAUGCAACGGUAUUUCUUCGGCCGAAAUAUCCGAUACCCAGAAAAUGCUUUGGGACCCAAUGCUUCCGCAGUAGUCCUCCCUAACGGGGAUGGUCCCGGUGGUGAGCAGACAUAUGAUACCGGGUACAACCGGUACAACUUGAACUUCUGCGCCGUAUGGGGUUCCGAUAUCAGAGAUCAACUGCCCAUUGCCGACGAUGACGAGCAAGAUAUCACUGCAAAUAUCCCUAGACGCAUUGGACGGCCAUUCGUGAUCGACACCCGCUCCGUAGUAGGCCACUUCAGCUUCUUUACCCAAAAAGAUGGCAUCAAUAAGAGUGACCUUUUGGAUCGAUGGCGAGCAUUCGCGAACGAAGCGGUCUGUACCGCAAAAAACCAGAAGAAGCCGUGGGAUCUGAUGUGCCCGGACUUCAAAGCCGAGGGUGGCAUGGGACGGUAG